AUGGCCAGCCAAAUUCAAACAUCGGCCACAUCCGUGGAGAUGUCCUCGACGACUGGAGCAGGCGAGCGCCUGCACCGCGUAGGCCCUUCCGAGCUCUCCGGCUCUGAUGUCCAGGACAUGAUGCAGGCAUCUCGCGAGGCAGACUCGCAAGUCCCAGACGGUGGCUACGGGUGGGUUGCGGUGGGCGGCUGCGCUGUUCUAACCUGGUGGUUUGUGGGGACGUCGUAUAGCUGGGGGAUUCUGCAGGCUGCGCUCGUCAAAGAGGGUGUGUCGUCUGCGUCUACGCUUGCGUUCGUGGGCUCGCUCGCCGUCGCCUGUAUCUCUUUCCUGGGAAUCCUCAAUGCAACGCUGAUUCGGAAGUUCGGGACUCGCGUAUGCGGCGUGCUGGGUGUUGUGUUUCUUGGAUUGGGCGAAAUCCUGAGCGGGUUUGCGCUGAGGAGUAUCGGAGGCUUGUUUGUGACUGCUGGGGCCGUUAUGGGGGUUGGUAUUAGUUUAUGUUUCAUGGUCGUCUCAGUCGUCCCAGCCCAGUACUUUAGAACUAAGCGCGGAAUCGCCAAUGGGAUAGUUUACGCCGCUGGCGGACUGGGCGGAGCAGUCAUCAGUUUCAUCAUAGACGCCCUCAUUCAGAGCACCGGCCUUGCCUGGACCUUCAGGACGAUCGGACUAAUAACCCUAGCCACCGGGAUACCAGCGGCCCUUCUAAUCAAAGAGCGGGUAUCAAUUCCUCGAUCGGCUUAUGUUGAAUGGCACCUCUUUCGUGACAUCCGUUUCACGCUGCUCUUCCUCGCCGGCGCAAUUGCCACAUUCCCACUGUUCGUGCCUCCCUUCUUCCUUCCCCUCUACACCUCGUCAUUGGGAAUGAAGUCCUCCCUUGGCGCCGGCGUAGUCGCAGCCUUCAACUUCUCUUCCGCACUGGGACGUCUCAUGUGCGGCUUCUUCAGCGAUACGUUGGGGCCGCUGAAUACGCUCUUCUUGUCUCUCCUCCUCAGUGCUGUGAGCAUGCUUGUCCUCUGGCCUGUCUCGAACUCGAUAGGUCCGCUCGUGGCAUUUGUCAUCAUCAAUGGAAUGGCGAACGGCGGGUUCUUCUCGACUAUGCCGACGGUAGUAGGGAAUGUAUUCGGCUCUGCUAGAGUGAGCGUGGCUAUGGGAAUGAUUGUUACCGGAUGGGCUGGAGGAUAUUUACUUGGUGCUCCGAUCGCAGGAUACAUCCUCGAUGCCUCUGGUGGCGAAGAAGGUGGGAUCAAAGCGUACAGGCCUGCGAUCUUCUACGCCGGAUCUUUGGCGUUUGCGGCGGCCGGUUUGGCUGGUGCGAUACGGUUAAAGGCGGAUAUUAACUUGAAGAAGAGGUUAUAG